GAGAGGCGGAGGUGGGCAGCCGAGACCCGCAGAGUUGGAGAAGGAGCCGGAGACAGCCUGGGCUGAGCCGACCGAUACAGUUGCAGGUUCCGAUCGUUGGGUACUUCGCGAUUUGCUCUCCAGCCCCUGCUUCUGAACCUAUGGAUUCUCCAGCUAGCAUUUCUUCCUGUUCUUCCUACUCUCUCUGUUCCUCUUUUUCCACCUCCCCAGGGAACAGUGACUUUGGCCUCCCCUCCGAUAGUGAGGGGGAGGACAAGGCUGCCCAUGGCCCCAGGUCAGACCCUGUUGGGCAAAGGGGAGGUUCUCGGCCCAGCCCCGGUCCUAUCCGGUGCAGGCAACGGCCCAAGGUUUCCAGCAACCAACAUACAGCAGCAUCUCACUUGGAACAGCGGGGCCUGGCCUCUCCCAUGGCAGGAUCUGGGGUCAAAAGAUCAAGAGAUGGUGGAUUACAGACCAACAUGAUCAUCCAGGGUUGUACCACAGAAGGAGACCUGCUUUUUGCUCAGAAGUGUAAAGAGCUUCAAGGAUUCAUCCGCCCUCUCACAGACCUACUGAAUGGGCUGAAGAUGGGUCGAUUUGAGAGAGGAUUGAGCAGUUUCCAGCAGAGCGUGGCAAUGGAUAGAAUCCAGCGUAUUGUAGGCGUUUUGCAGAAGCCACAGAUGGGGGAACGUUACCUAGGAACCUUGCUACAGGUAGAAGGGAUGUUAAAGACUUGGUUUCCUCAUAUAGCUGCCCAGAAAUCAUCACUAGGUAAUAGCAGGCACCAGCUGACCAAGCAUUUUCCAAGCCACCACAGUUACUCAGCUGCUGCUUCUCCUGUACCUCCAAUGGAAAAGAUGGACCAGACACAGCUAGGACAUCUACUGUUGAAACCAAAGCAGCCUUGGCACCUCACUGAAUGGCCAACCAUGCACCUCACUUGGAUCCACACCACUCCAAUUUGCAACCCCCCACUCAGUUCCCCAGGUACCAUUUCCUUUAGCCAUGGUCCUUUAGGCUCUGGGGCCAGCAUUGGUGUCAUCCUUUUUGUCCAGCAUGGAGUGCAGCCCUUCACCCACUCUGCCCCAACCACUCCAGUUCCAGCUGCUACAGCAUCUGUGGUCAUCCCUGGUGAUCCUAAGAAACUCCCUGGAGAGGGACCUCAUUGCCACACUUUGCCAGUAACUCUGCCAUAAGCCUGGAGCUGUACCCUAUCUGGUCCUGGUCUACCCACCAUGGCCAGAGAGAUGACUGUGGGACAUCUAGAGCAGAUGAGAAGCCAUCCUCCAGUUGCUCCUGAUGUCCAUUUUCUCAACCCCUAAUCCAGGACUCGAGACUGUGGUUUCUAAUUUGUGUAAAUAUAUGUCUCUCUCAUAUAUAUUUUUUA